CGCGGCGGGCCGGGGGCGGGGACUCGGGAGGCUCCGGGCCUGCUGCGUUCCGGGUGCGGAGCGGCGCCGGCGGAGCGGCCGGGAUGGAGGCCGUGCCCCGCAUGCCCAUGAUCUGGCUGGACCUCAAGGAGGCCGGGGAGUUCGGGUUCAACCCGGCCGUGAAGAAGUUUGUUCUGAAGAACUAUGGCGAGAAUCCCGAGAGCUACAAUGAAGAGCUGAAGAAACUUGAACUGCUCCGGCAGAACGCCGUGAGCGUGCCCAGGGACUUCGAGGGCUGCAGCAUCCUGCGGAAGUACUUCGGCCAGCUUCACUACCUGCAGAGCCGCGUCCCCAUGGGCCCGGAGCACGAGGCGGCUGUCCCCAUCACGUGGACGGAGAUCUUCUCUGGCAAGGCAGUUACCCAUGAGGACAUCAAGUAUGAGCAGGCGUGUAUCCUCUAUAACCUCGGGGCGUUGCAUUCCAUGCUGGGCGCCAUGGACAAGAGAGUCUCCGAGGAGGGCAUGAAGGUUUCCUGCACCCAUUUCCAGUGUGCGGCCGGGGCUUUCACCUACCUGCGGGAUCACUUCCCUCACUCGUACAGCGUGGACAUGAGUCACCAGAUCCUUAACCUCAACAUCAACCUCAUGCUGGGUCAAGCUCAGGAGUGUCUCCUGGAGAAGUCGAUGCUGGACAACAGGAAGAGUUUCCUCGUGGCCAGGAUCAGCGCCCAGGUGGUGGACUACUACAAGGAGGCCUGCCGGGCUUUGGAGGACUCGGGCACAGCCUCGCUGCUGGGGAAGAUUCAGAAGGGCUGGAAGAAGCUGGUGCAGAUGAAGAUCUACUACUUUGCUGCCGUCGCCCAUUUGCAUAUGGGGAAACAGGCUGAGGAGCAGCAGAAGUUUGGAGAACGAGUUGUCUACUUCCAGAGCGCUCUGGAUAAACUCAAUGAAGCUAUCAAACUGGCAAAGGGUCAGCCUGAAACGGUGCAGGAAGCCCUGCGAUUCACCCUGGAUGUGAUUGGGGGAAAGUACAAUUCGGCCAAGAAGGACAAUGACUUCAUCUAUCAUGAAGCUGUCCCUGCGCUGGACACCCUGCAGUCAGUGAAAGGUGCCACCCUGGUGAAGGCCCUUCCCGUCAACCCCACCGACCCAGCUGUCACGGGCCCGGAUAUCUUUGCCAAGCUGGUGCCAAUGGCCGCCCAUGAGGCAUCUUCGCUGUACAGUGAGGAGAAGGCCAAGCUGCUGAGAGAAGUGAUGGCGAAGAUCGAGGCCAAGAAUGAAGUCCUGGACCAGUUCAUGGACUCCAUGCAGCUGGACCCUGAGACGGUGGAUAACCUGGAAAUGUACAACCACAUUCCCCCCAUCCUGAUGGAGAAAUGCGCCGCACUCAGUGUGCGGCCAGACACAGUGAAGAACCUGGUUCAGUCCAUGCAGGUGCUUUCGGGAGUCUUCACCGACGUGGAGGCCUCUCUGAAGGAGAUCAGGGACCUCCUGGAUGAUGAUGAGCUGCAGGACCAGAAGCUGCAGGAGUUGCUUGGCAAGCCGGGUUCUCCUCCUAGCCCUUCCCCGGGGCUGGCUGAGGUCAGCAAAGAGUGGGCCAAGUACAUGGAGGUGCACGAGAAGGCCAGUUUCACCAACACGGAGCUGCACAAAGCCAUGAACCUGCACAUCAGCAACCUGCGACUGCUGAGCGGGCCCUUGGAGCAGGUGCGGACUGCCUUGCCUGCGCCGGCCUUGACGGAAGACGACAAGCAGGUGCUGCAGAACUUGAAGCGGAUCCUGUCCAAAGUGCAGGAGAUGAAGGACCAGCGGAUGUCCUUGGAGCAGCAGCUCCGUGAGAUGAUCCAGAAGGACGACAUCACCACCUCCUUAGUGACGACCGACCACUCGGAGAUGAGGAAGCUCUUCGACGAGCAGCUGAAGAAGUACGACCAGAUCAAGGUGUAUCUGGAGCAGAACCUGGCGGCCCAGGAGAACGUCCUGAAGGCCUUGACGGACGCCAAUGUCAAGUAUGCGGCAGUGCGGAAGGUCCUGGCUGAGGUGGAGCACAAGUGGAACACCACGCUGCAGACACUGGUGGCCUCCUAUGAAGCUUAUGAAGACCUGAUGAAGAAGUCUCAGGAAGGGAAAGAUUUCUAUGCGGAUCUGGAGAGCAAAGCAGCCAAGCUCCUGGAGAAGGCCCGAGUGGCCUGCCAAGCAUCUGAAGCAAGCCGGCAGCAGGUCCUGGAAAGAGAAAUGAAGAAGAAGCCGCCUCCAAGGCCCACUGCUCCCAAACCGGCCCUGCAGAAGAAGGCCUCUGAGCGGGACCUGGACCUCGCGGCCGGUCUGGACGGGGCAGACCUGCAGCAGCUGGGCUCCCUCUCGCUGGCCGACCUGCCGGAAGAGCUCCGGAGCUUGCCCCCCGACGUGCUGGCAGCGCAUCUCACCAGGCUGCCUGCGGACGCCAUGGCUGCCUUCUCCAUCAACCCGGCCUUCAGCAGUGGUGGCGUGAGGCCCCCAGGCCCGGAGGCUUUCCCGGCCGGCGCCCGGACAGCCAACGCUCCGCUACAGCGGCCAAUGGCAGCCCAGCCUGGCAUUCCCUUUAACCCUGCUCAGUUCAGUGCUUCGGCACCUCUGCCGGGACACUACUUCCCCGGCAGGCUGGCGACCCCCCCGCAAGGUGCCCCUGGGAGCCCUCUGCAAGGCCCCUUCCCCCCACAGACCUACAGCGCCCCUGUGCUGCCAUCCCAGGCGAUGCAGCCCCACAGACCUCCAAGUUCUGCCCCGUCGCCUAGCCCUCAGCUUUACCCGGCUGGCACCCUGAGGAGAGGCCCUGGGCACCCCAGCCCCGCCCCUGCCCCCAUUCAGCCCGGCUACGCAGGCCCCCAGGUGCCUCCCCAGAGAUCCUCCCCCCAGCAUGUGCCCAUGCCUGGCUCUGCUCCAGCUCCUAUUGCCCCCAAUGCCACCUACAGGAUGGGGCAGCCUGUCUCCUCCUCUGGGGCUCUGCCAGGCGGCCUCCCCACAGCCAUGGGCCCACCCCAGCCCCCCCGGUUCAGUGGCCAGGCCCCAGGAGGCAGCGAUGGCCCUCCUCACCCCCUUGUGGUCCGCCCGGCCACCACAACUGUCGACAGCAUCCAGGCGCCCAUUUCCAGCUACACUGCGCCCAGGGCCGUGGGCGGGCCCAUGCCCCCGCGGCUCACCAACCAGCCGCCAGGGCUCCCUCCUCAGGGCGGCUUCCUCGGCCUGCCCGCCCAGUUCCCCUACACCCAAGGCGGCGUCCAGCCAUUCGGCCAGCAGCCCCAGUCCCCAUUCCCAGCGGGGCCGCCCCCUCCGAGCUUCCAACAGCAGCAGUACCUGCCUCAGGCCCAGGUCCAGCCCCUGCCCAUGUACCAGCCGCAGGCCCAGUUCCCGGCCCAGUUCCCUGGCCAGCAUUCGGGGCUGGUGCACGUUUCUCCCCAGCCUCCCAGCCCUGCCCAGAUCCAUGGCCAGCUGAGAACACAGCUCUAUCCGCUUCCUUCUCAGGACAACCCCCCUCACUCCUUCCCUGCAGCUAUGCCCCGCGGGCCUCCCCCACGGGCUCAAAGCCUCCCAGCCGCUAUGCUGGCCCCGGCUCAGCAGCUCCACCCUCACCCCUCGCUGGCAGGCAUGCAGCCCAUGCCAGCCGGCUCCUCAGCUCAAGUGGUCUCUGCAAUGCCCUACUGUCCUGCCCCUUCUGCCUGCCAUCCAGGGCCCCCUACAAACCAGAUGCCGCCUGGCUCCGCCAUGCCACUGGCUGGUCCCCAGCCCCCGUCUUCGAGUCAGUCCGGCCCUCACCAUGUCCCAUCUUCACCCAGUCCUGUUCUGAGCCAGAUGCAAGGCGGCGUUAUUGUCCCGGGUCCUGCCAUCCCUUCACCGGCGCCAUCCCCCCAGCCAUCCCUAGCUAUCCAGCCUCCAGCCAUCUUGCCUUCCUCUGUGCCUGGCGCCCCUUCCCUGCCACAGCGACCCCCCCCAUCACUCACCCCCGGCGCGGCCCCGCUGGCACAGGGCCCUGCUGAGGUCCAGUUCCACCGGCAGAGCUCUUCCACAGAUGAUCUCCUGUCUUCAAGCCCCGAGAGCCAGCACGGGGGCUCCAAGACGGCGGUGAACCAGCCGCUGCUGCAGCCCACCAAGGCAGAUGCCAAGGAGGGGCAGAAACCCAAGGCCGUUCAGCUAAUCGAGAACGACCCGUACGAGAAGCCUGAGCAUAUCAUGAGGCUGCUUUCCGAGCUGGAUCGGUUCCGGGGCGUGGUGGCCAGUCUGGAGAGGCCUGUCCCUGGGAGCGUCCCCGAGCUGGAUGGCAUCUGGAAGGAGCUCCAGGAUGCCCAGGAGAGGGAUGCCCGGCAGCUGUCCAUCGCCAUCGCCCGCUGCUACUCCAUGAAAAACCGCCACCAGGACAUCAUGCCCUAUGACAAGAACCGCAUCGUUCUGCAGUCGGGCAAGGACGACUACAUCAAUGCCAGCAAGGUGGAGGACCUGUCCUCCUACUGCCCCACCAUCAUCGCCACCCAGGCCCCAUUGGUGGGGACGGCCUCUGACUUUUGGCUGAUGAUCUACGAACAGAAGGUCUCCCUCCUAGUCAUGCUGGUCUCUGAGCAGGAACUAGAGAAGCAGAAGGUGGUGCGGUACUUCCCGCUGGAGCGGGGCCAGCCCAUGGUGCAGGGCCCCAUCACCUUGAUCCUCACCAGCCUGAAGGUCGCCCCGACGCACGUGGAGAGGAUGAUCACCCUCCAGUUCCGCGACCAGAGCCUGAAGCGCACUGUCAUCCACCUGCAGUUCACGGCCUGGCCAGAGCUGGGCCUGCCCGACAGCAAGGGGAACCUGCUGCGGUUCAUCCAGGACGUACACGGGCACUACCUACACCAGCGCCCCCUGCACACCCCCAUCGUGGUCCACUGCAGCUCUGGGGUGGGGCGCACCGGCGCCUUCUGCCUGAUGUACGCGGCCGUGCAGGAGGUGGAGGCCGGGAACAGCAUCCCCGACCUGGCCCGGCUGGUGAAGAGGAUGCGCCAGCAGAGGAAGCAUAUGCUGCAGGAGAAGCUGCAUCUCAAGUUCUGCUAUGAAGCUGUCCUCAAGCACGCCGAGCAGGUGCUGCAGAGACACGGGGUCACCACGCCGGCCCCCAGCAAAGCCCCCAGCAGUGCCGCCCAGAAGCUGUACCUGCAUCAGGACCCGCAGGACCUGGUGCUGGGCGGGGACAUGCCCAUCAGCUCCAUCCAGGCCACUAUCGCCAAGCUGAGCAUCAAGCCCCCUGGUGGCAGCCCGGAGCCUCCCCCAAACUGGCAGCUGCCCGAGCCGGCAGCAGCGCCCGAAGCUGCGAGCCCAGGGGCGGUUCCUGCAGCACCCGACAGUGUCGCCCAGCCCAGCCUGACGGAGCCCGUACCCCCAACCAGUGCUGAGCUGCCCCCUGCCCACUCCGCCCCCACCAUGCCUGUGCCACUCCCUGAAGCCGAAAGCAGCAACCAUGUAGAGGAGAGACCCAGCAGGGAGCCUUCAGCCACAAGCCUGGCUCCUUCCUCUUCCUCGCUGGAGCUCCUGGCGUCGCUGACCCCUGAGGCCUUCUCCUUGGACAGCUCCCUGAAGGGCAAGCCACGGAUGAGCAAGCAGAGCUUCCUGCAGCCCCAGAAUGGGGAGGGGCUGCGGGGGCCCCGGCCUAGCGACGACCCCCUCAGCAUGCUGGACCCACUGUGGACACUCAAUAAAACCUGAGCCAGGGGGCCGGGCCUGGCCUGGCUCUGGGGACAUGGCACGCACAGCCCCUCCCUGGCCAUGCCAGCAUGCCCCUUCUGUUGCCCCAAGAGGACUGGGGGGGAGCCCCCGCAGUGUGGUGGCUGGAAUCUGGGGUGUUGGACCACAGCCCUUGUCCCCACUCAGUCCUGGGCUUCUGGGAGGGCUGCGAAAUGCGCACACAGCACUACAAGCCUGCGCCACACUCAGUGCCUGGGCCCCCCGGCAGCUAGCCCAGGGUGACCCCCGCAGCAUGGAGAGCCAGCCUUCCCUUCCCUUCCGCUACAGCCCCUCCAGCCCAGCUGUUCUGCGGGCUAAGCCAGGGCUGCUGCUUGUCCCCAAGCACCUCCUGGCAGAGACCUGGCCUUGGUCCAGCAGAGAGAGAAGGCCCCCCUGCUGCUGCUCCUGCCUGGGGGUUUGGGGGGGCCCUGCAAUACCCCCGGCUCUUCCGUUCACAGCCCCCAGGGGAAGGAGCCUCCGCCCCUGCGGCGUGGAGAACGCUGGCCGCUCUCCAGGCAGGACCCCUCAGCUCGCAGCCCUUGGAAGCUCCUGCAGGAGACCCCAUGGAGGGCUGCUGGCUGAGAGCCCCCCGGGAAGCCCCCACCCCCGCGGGUCCUGGGGCAGCCUUUGGCAGGGAGGGCAAGUGCUGAGGGGUGGCCGUGGUGAAGCCCUAAAUCUGUCCCAGGCGCCUGCCUGGAGACACACCUGGCUCGCUGGCUGCAGCGUGGCUCCCUGCCCCUCACGGGGCCCAAUUGCCCCCCUCCCUUCUUGCUCUGGCGCUGGGGAAGAGUGAGCAAUUCCAGCCCCCCUUGGCCUCAGUCGUUCUUCCCCCCCCCCCCCACAUGUGGCAGCAGUUUACAUGAGGGUUUUAGUGUCUGGGGGGCCUUGAAACCCCCUGGACCAGCCUAAAGCCUUAAUGCCCCUGCCCAGCACCGCACGGCUGGGGGCAGCUGCUGGCGGAUGUGCUUACGGCACUGCGUGUGCCCAGCUGGCCCCGGGCACCGCGGCCAGCCCUGCCCGAACCAUGCGGUGACCCCUCCCUCAGUGCUUCUCCUGGGACUGGGUGCCUCGGGUGCCCCCUCGGCCUGAGCCGAGCUGGGGCCUGUCGCCUGGCCUGGUCGGACAGCUGUGAGGGGCAGGGGGUUGGUACAGCGAGAGCAGGGGCUGGGCCUUGCGCUCUCAGCCCGGGGUAACCUGCAGGCCGAGGGCACCUAGAGCCGGGUAACCCCAGCCAGGGGUUGCACAAGCCCUGGGCUUGGGGUGGGCGGCUGAGGCAGGCUUACUCAGCAGGGCCCCGUGUUCCAGGGGGCUUGAUUUGCUGGCAGCAGGGCCGGGGAGGGUGAAAAGCCCCAAGGCCCCUGUCCCAGGGGGAGGAGGGAGUACGCGGCGCACGACAGUAGAGCGGUGAUGGGUCGUUCCUUGUGUCUGUAGUCGCUUUGAUUCUCUGCACCUUGCCCCGAGCUCUCCAGCCGCUGGGCGCGGAGGGGCGCAGGCCGCGCAUGGAAGUGGAGUCGGUGUCCACCCCCUGGGGCUGUCCUACAGAGCCAGCGACUGUCUCGGGGGGGCAGGCAACAUCCCAGCCGCUGGGUUGGCCUCUCCUGGGCCUAGGAGUGGGUGGCCCGCUGCUGCCUGGGGAGAAGGGCUUGUUCUGUGUUAAGCUGUGGGGCUGACAGAAGCAGACCUGGUCAGCCAUAUCCUUAGCAAGCCCUGGGAGCACCCAUUGCUGCGGGGGUUGGGCUGGGACCUCGAUUGCUUCGGUAACUAGUUUCCCCCUGGGUCUGGCCUGCAUCUCAUACUGUACAGCCCCCCCCGGGCUUCAGCGCUGGGCCCUGGCUGGGUGCUGCUGCGUCUGCCUCCGGCGGCCUGGGCAGAAAUGGCCACGGCGCACGGCCCCCGCUGGCGCGCUCGGUUCCUCUGCUUUUGUACAAAUGUAACAUUGUCCGUCUCCAUGUUCUGAUCUGACUCUGUAAUUAGAACUGACUUUUUCAGCUCUUUGCUACUCCAAUAAAUGGAUGAUUUGCUCUGG